AAAAAAAAAAAAAAAUUGAACAACUUCAUUAUCAAUUAAAAUAAUCAGGCAGAAAUUAGGCUAACACGUUGCACGCCUUUGUUCUUAUCUAAGUUUUGGUUUUCUGAUACGGUGUGCUCUGAAAAAGUCCAUGAGAUAUUCAGAGUUUCAUACCCACCUUCCUCCCCUUUCUUAUAACAAGAACAAUAAUUAACACCGCUAGAAAAAUCAUCAUCUCUUUCACCAUUAAAGCAAUUAGGAAAGAGGUUUUUGAUUGAAGCUGGCGAUAUGAGGAAGGGGAACAAGAAGAAGAACAAGCUGGUGUGGAUGAUAGCGACGCCGUUUAGGGUGUUGGGGAAAGCGAGGGACAUGUACGUGAGCAGCAUAACGAAGUGCGGUCACAACAUGAAUUACAGCAACCCCGUGGAUGCUGCUGGCAGAUUCCAGGCUUUGCCCAGGAGUUACAGUGCUGCCACGUCACGCUCCGACAACAACGAGGAUUUCGCCGAACUUUUGAGAGCGGCUUCCGCCAGGACUUUGGGCAACAUAAUCGAUGUAGAUUUGGUUGUAAAACAGCAGGCCCAAACCCAGACCCGGCCCGUUUCCUCAAAUGGGUUGCCCAAGUCGACGAGCGUUGGCAUGGGCCGGAUCGACGAGGACACGCCUUAUGAUUUGGGGGAAGGGGAAGUUCCCGUUGUGCCCAAAGCCUAUCCAAGAAGUAGAAGCUAUGCUGUUGGAAAGACAAGUGCUGUUUUGUAAAUUGUCAAGUACUCAAGUUGUGAACCUAGCUAGUUGCUCGCUUCAAUGGUUCAAUCUAUGAAUGCAUUCUGAGAUAGAUUCUGGUAAUUUUAUUGAGAUUAAUUAUAUUUGAUCGGAAUAUCAUGUGAUUUUGUUUGGUUUUCCAUUGUGGGUGGGGGUGGUGGAUAGUGCAUUGAAAGCAACGGUUGUGUAAAGUGAAUUUUUUCUUUGGUAUUGUAUCUUCAAAUAUCUUUUUAGUAAUUGCUAGAUUUUUAAUUUUUAA